AUUGACGUUCAUUCUAUUUCUGUGGGGUCUUUGCAUGUGCCCUUGGGAUCCAGUACCUGUAAGGGACUCCCCUUAGGGGCCUAGCCGGGAAUAACUGACGAGGAGGGACCCUACUCCCUCUUUCAGUCUUUAAACGGGCGGAGACUUCCUGUAGUACGGUUGUCAAGUCCCGGGGAGCUGCUUGGUCCCUGGCGGAGGCGUUUGAGGCCUGGGCUCUUUGAAGCCCAGCGUGAGGCGGUCAGCCCGAGGUCACCUCCUGGGGCUGGGAAAGCGGCGGCGGUCGGCGGCAGUGGCUGAAGCCAGCUGUGUCGCACUGCCCCAGUCCUCUGCUCUCGCGACUUUGCACCGUCUGCAGGCUCAGAUGGAGGUGGCACUGCUGGAGCCCGCUCAGGGUCGGGUGACUUUUGAGGACGUAGCUGUGUACUUCUCCUGGAAGGAGUGGGGGCUCCUUGAUGAGGCUCAGAGGCACCUGUACCGUGAUGUAAUGCUGGAGAACUUCUCACUUGUGGCCUCGCUGGGACCUGUAGCCUCCAACUGCAGCGUGGUUGCUCAACUGAAGUGGGACACAGAGCCCUGGGGACUCGGCAGAGUAGACAUGUCUUCAACUACAGCAAGAGAGGCCCAGAGGGAUCCUAGCUCCGGUGGUGGUUGUGCAGCAAAGGAGGCCUUUCCUGAGCAAGGCCUUUCUAUAGGAGGGUCCCAACUUGGGACCCCCAAAGAAGGUUCCUGCAUCCAGAAGGCUAGAAUCUGCGACACGUGUGGCCCAGUCUUGAAAGAAAUUUGGCACCUGGCUGAGCACCAAGAAAAACUCCCCAGGCGGAAGGCAUACACGUGUAAGACUUGUAGGGAAGGGUUCUGGAUCUGUGCAACACUUUACCAGCACCAGAAGGGGCACAGCGGUGAGAAACCCUUACGAUGGGACAAGGACAAAGCCCUAUUAGUGAAGAGCUUCAGCGUCCCCCUGUCAGAGAAGCCCCUUACAAGCAAGGAGUUUAGUGUGGAUGUCCAGGACAGCCACAAACCAGACCUCCACAAGCCGACCCCUCCACGUGAAGGGAAGCCAUGCAGGAGCACUGAAUAUGCGAAGGCCUCCCCAAACCGCUCCAGUCUUAGGCAACAUCAGGAAGCCCACACUGGACAGAAGCCCUUCAGGUGCAGUGACUGUGGGAAGGUCUUCUUAAAGGCCUUCACCCUCCUCGACCACCUGAUAAGUCACGCUAAAGAGAGAGCUUGUGGGAAUGUCUUGAGUGCUACAUCAGCCCACGUUAAUCAUCAGAAAUCUCAUAUUGGAGGAAUGUCCCAUGUGUGUAAUGAAUGUGGAAAGGCCUACAGUCACCUAUCUCUGCUGAAAAUGCAUCAGAAAGUUCACAAUGGAAAAACCCAUCAUAAGUGCAGUGAAUGUGGGAAAGCGUUCACUCGGAAGCACUCCCUUAGUCAGCACUGGAGAAUUCACACUGGAGAAAGACCUUAUGAAUGCAGCCAGUGUGGGAAGACCUUUACUCGGAACUUCCAUGUUGUUCGGCACCAGAAAGUUCACAAUACAGCAAAGCCUUAUGAGUGCAGGCAGUGCCGCAGAGUCUUUAGCUGUGCCUCUAGCUUUGUUCAGCAUCAGAAAAUACACACAGGAGAAAGGCUUCAUAAGUGCAGGGAAUGUGGGAAAGCUUUCAUUAAUAGCUCCCAUCUUGCUCGGCAUCAGAAAGUCCACAACAUGGAAAGGCCUUAUGAGUGCAAAAAAUGUGGAAAAGUUUUCCGUCAAACCUCCAAACUCGUUCUGCAUCAAAGGAUUCACACUGGAGAAAAACCUUAUAAGUGUAAUCAAUGUGAGAGGGCCUUUAGUUGCCCCUCCAACCUUGUUUCACACCAGCGAAUUCACACUGGAGAAAAACCUUAUGAAUGCUCUGAAUGUGGGAAAGCCUUCAGUCAAAGCUCUGCCCUUCUUCAACACCAGAAAGUUCAUACCAGAGAAAGGCCGUAUGAAUGCAGUGAAUGUGGAAAAGCCUUCAGCUACAGCUCGAACCUUGCUAAGCACCGGAAAGUUCACACUCAAAAAAGACCUUAUGAGUGUGGUCAGUGUGGAAAGGCUUUCAGUGAAAGUUCUAUCCUCAGUCAGCACCAGAGAGUUCACACCAGAGAGAGGCCUUAUGAGUGUAACAAAUGUGGUAAAACUUUCCGCUUCAGUUCUAAUUUUUACAAGCAUCUAAAAGUUCACAUUGGGAAAAAAGCCUUAUGAGAGCAGUAAGUAUAGGAAAACAACCUCAUUCAGCACCAGAAAGGUCACACCAGAGAAAGGCCACAGCAGUGCAGUGAAUGUGGGGAAGUAUUUAGCUGUGGCUUUCUCUUUGUUCAUCAUAAAAUGACUCACUUCUGAGGAAAGUGCUGAGAGGAACCUUUGUGAAGAUGCUAUCGAUCAAAAAUGGGAACUUGCAUAUCCCAAUACCUCACUGAAAAAUUUGUUCUUGAGUGUCAGGUGGGCGAAAGACUUCCAGGAGUAAUGUUGUACUUUUUAAACUGCCCAGGCCCCUUGCCAGAUGUCACUGCCAGUGCCUGUGGCAGAUGCCACACCACUCUACCAACUGACAGGGCAUCACCGUGUAUGCCUGUCAAUAUACUCAGGGAAGGCAGACUUCUGUGCAUGCUUUCCGAUUCGGAAAAACCGUGAGUGAUGAGCACAUUGAAAUGAUAUUAAUUCUCAACAUUACAGUACUCAUGGUUUAGGUAUAUUGUCCAUUAGAAUCUAACUGGAGUCUACUGAUGACUCUAUUAAGUGUCCCUUCUUUAUGGGCUUUGUUGAGUCUAGAUAACACCUAUAAUGGUGCUGUCCAGCCACCAGCUCACUGGGCUUUUGAACUGCCUGCUUUAAGUUGCUCCAGAGUGUGUGAUAAUAAAGGCCUUGUUGUUUAAGCCA